AUGCCUACCAUCACAAAAUUCCGCCCUCCUCUUUCCAGUGAUACUCCGAGCAUGCUUUUCCGUCCAGCUCACCGCUUUAUUCGUCGCACUGAUCCCAAUGAAAUCCUCAUUUACACUGAUGGCUCCUGUCUCUCCAAUGGUCUUGCAAGCCCUCGCGCCGGCUGCGGUUUCGUCAUCUCACCUCACCACAAAAUCAAUUUCAGACUCGAAAAUACUGGCCCAACCGGAGAAAUGCACCGCCAAACGAGUAACUGUGCCGAAUUGCGUGCCGUGCUAGCCGCUCUCGAAUACCGUGCAUGGCAAGGUGAUAACUUUGCAUCUUGGACGCGUAUUGUCAUCGCUACUGACUCUGAGUACGUUUCUCUCGGUGCUACCGAACGAAUCAACGGUUGGGCUCAGCGGGGCUGGCGGACUAGUGCUGGAACGGAAGUCAAGAAUCUGGAUUUGUGGAAGAGACUAGUCUACCGUAUUAAAGAAUUGAGUAGGCCGAUAAACUAUUCAGAAAAUGGGUGUGGAGCUGCGGUCGCAUUUUGGAGAAUUCCGAGGGAGUGGAAUGGGGAAGCAGACGCCGAGGCAAAGAGAGGGGCUGAUUUGGAGGAGAAGGAGGAAUUUCGGGUGCUGAAAGGGAUGCUGGUCUGA